ACCUAUCUGAUGUUACGUUCCCACCACCGGAUGCCGAUGGCGACGCAAAGCUAAAAGUAAAUUUCAUGCUCUUCCUUUCUUCACCAUGGCACUGAAGGUGAUCUAUCGUCUUCUCUUGAUAUGCUGAUCAUCUUUUUACGUUCGGCAGACCUUUCAAGCCGCGACUUCUAUGCAUUAUAAAAGAGUGCUAUGUAUCAUCGUCAAAGAAUACUUCUUUACUUACCUUCCUCGAUGGCUACUGCUCAGACCAGUAUCCCGCUGCCAGAUCUUGACGAUGCCGAUAAAGCUAUUGUAUUCCUAGUCCGCGAUGAAGAGUUGAACUCAACAAUACUCUACUCUCUAUUGAGCGGCGUAUACACCGGUGUUGUUGCUAUCACGUUAGGAAGCAUCUUUAUGAACAAGGCUCAGCCGAUUCGACGAUCCAUGGUCGUCGUUAUAGUCCUCCUGCAUAUUGUGACAAUGCUCAACUUUGGGUUUGUCUGGAAAUACAUAGACUCUAUGUUCAUUGGCAAUGGAUCAAACUUCUGGACCGAAUACCUGUUUUUUAGCAGUUCUAACAUGAUGUUAGAAGUGGGGAUGGGUACUACAAGCGUUGUGUGUACCAUUCUUGCAGACUCCACCAUGAUUGUGCGCUGUUGGAUGGUAUGGGGACGCAGGUGGCUAUCUAUCUUGCUUCCAAUCUUUCUUCUCUUUGCCGCGAUAGUGUUCAAAAUCCUUGGUACAUAUGUACAAAUCGCCGAUCCACUCGAUAAUUCUACUCUGUUUAUCACUCUUUAUACGUCUUUUAUCCUCGCAACAACUUUGUGGUGUACGUUGUUGAUCAUCUACCGCAUUGUCACCGUUGCACAGAUAGGAAAUGGCGUCCGAGCUUACCGAAACGUCAUUGAAAUCCUGGUCGAAUCGUCGGCCCUUUAUUCAAUAUUCUUGAUCUUAUACAUGAUUUUUGCUACUCGGACCUUUUUGCAUUGGCUUACUUUGAUUUCCUAGCAGGAAUCACAAGGGGAGUCGCACUGACACUUCUCGUUGGACGCGUUGCAGCGGGGCACUCCCGUCCAGACGACUCUUGGGAGGGAGGCGUAAUAUCCGGCUCGCUUCGCUUCGGGACGCGUUCUGGGGGUCGACACUCUCAGAGUCAGCAGGAUUCCAUGAUGAGCGACGACCUCGAAGCACAACACGAG